AUGUCUUCAUCUAUACAUAUUCAUAUAGGAGGAGCAGGUGUAAUGAUUGGAGAUCUCUUAUGGAAAUUAUAUUAAAAAGAAUAAAAGGACACAAAGAAUCAACAUUAUAUAUAUUCAUAAUAAGAUGAUGAUUAUUAUCCUCGAGUUGUUUUUAUAGAUUUGGAUGAUCGAAUGAUUAAUGAGGUUAAAAAAAAUAAACAAAUUCAUUUUAAAAAAAGAUAAUUUAUUACUGGUAAAGAGGAUGCCUCUAAUAAUUAUUUUAGAGGUUAAAAUUUGGGUAGAAAUCUGAUAUAUGAUUGUUUAGAAUCUAUUCAAAAAGAAGUUGAAAAAAUAGAUUAUUUAGAUCAAUUUUUAAUAAUUUCAUCAAUAAGUGGAGGAACUGGAUCAGGAUUUACAUCAUUGCUUUUAGAAAAAUUAACAGAGGAUUAUGGUAAGAAAAUUCUAAAAAAUGCUUUUGUAUUGUAUCCUUCCUCAUUAAUAUCAAAUAACUUAAUCGAUAGUUAUAAUGCAGUCUUUUCAACUCAUAUGAUGACUGAAUAUUGUAAUUCUGUUGUUGCAUUUGAUAAUUAAUCCAUCUAUAAUGUAAUUGAUAAUUAGAUAGGAUUAGAUUAUGUAGAUUAUACUUUAUUAAAUAAUGUAAUUGCUUAAGUAAUUAGCAUGUACACAGGUAUAAGAAGACAUACAAAUACUUGUAAUGAUAUGAUUUUUUCAAAUAUGUGUCCAUAUCCUACACUUCAUUUCCUAAUCCCAUCAUAUGGAUUGUUAAGGUCUAUAAAUGAUGAUAUAAGAAAAGAAAAUGAAAAGGAACUAUUAAAACUCUUAAUAAAGAAAGAUUCAAAGUUAUUUUAAUGUUCAAUGAAUCCUUCUUAUUUAUCAACAACUCUUAUUUAUAGAUCCAAAAGAAUACAUAAUAUCUAUUUUAGACGAAAUGAAUAUGAGAUAUCAAAUAUUUAACAUUAGUUUAAUAAUAAUUCAAAUAUAUUCUUAUGUGAAUCCUCUAAUUAUUAAGUUUUAUCUGAAUUGGCAGAAUUAAAAUCAACAGCUGUAUUUUUAUCAAAUGAUGCAGCCAUAUACAAAGAACUUGAUAAUUUAGGUUCUAAAUUUGAUAGAUUAUAUGCAAAAAGAGCUUUUAUUCAUUGGUUUGUAAAUGAAGGAUUAGAAUCAGGAGAGCUUACUUCAGCAAGAGAAGAUUUAGCUGCUCUAAUAAAGGAUUAUUAAGACUUUGCUAAUCCUAUAGAUUAAGGUUAUUUUGAUGAAUUAAAUGGUUGA